AAAUGUCAAUAUGGCUGAGAUGCAUUGUAUACAGUAUAAAGAAUUGAAUGAAAUGUGUAUUGUUGUUGUUAAGUGAAAUUAUUUGAUCGAUUGAUAAGUAAUCAUGUAAGUAGCGCCACAUGCAGUAUGCGUCAAACUAGCUGGGUAAUCUUUUCACCAGUGACUGUCAGUGACAUUACAGUUAAAUGUUUCGCAUUGUUUAAGUUCAUUUGAGUUUAUAUGCGUGGAAGUAUGUGUUGCAUUAGGCUAAAGUAAACUGUUCAACUAUUUCCUUAACAUCAUGGACGACAAACAGAAUAGUCGCAAAGUGAUAACUAUUCUUUUUUUGUGUCUGCUGUGGUACAUUGUAUCCAGCAGCAGCAAUGUCGUCGGCAAGAUGGUACUUUCUGAUUUUCCAUAUCCCCUCACGGUGACAAUGGUACAGUUAACCUCAAUAACAGUUUAUUCUGGUCCAUUUUUCAAUUUAUGGGGUGUACGCAAGUCUCCUUCCAAUAUUCCUUGGGGUUAUUAUUUACGUUUAAUUGUGCCUUUGGCACUUGGCAAAUUUCUUGCCAAUGUGUUCAGCCACGUCAGCAUUUGGAAAGUACCCGUGUCAUAUGCCCACACUGUGAAGGCUACAAUGCCACUCUUCACAGUCAUUUUGUCAAGAAUAAUUUUACGUGAAAAACAAACAUGGAAAGUUUAUCUUAGUCUUGUACCUAUUGUCGGAGGUGUGGCCAUUGCAACAUUAACAGAACUUAGUUUCAACAUGAUUGGUCUAAUAAGUGCUUUAGCAUCUACAAUGGCAUUUUCAUUACAAAAUAUAUACUCUAAAAAGGUGCUGCAUGACACAGGAGUUCAUCAUUUAAGACUUCUACUUAUACUAGGUCGUUUAGCUUUGUUCAUGUUCUUACCAAUUUGGAUAUUUCACGACUUGAUUAAUCUAUUACACGAUCCUGUUACAAAAACACCAGUAAAUAUCUCAUACGACAUAUUAGGAUUACUAUUUUUAGAUGGCAUACUUAAUUGGUUACAAAAUAUUAUAGCUUUUUCCGUGCUUUCAAUAGUAACACCAUUGACCUAUGCAGUUGCAAGUGCUAGCAAACGUAUAUUUGUUAUCGGAGUAACAUUAUUUGUAUUAGGUAAUCCAGUAACAUGGAUAAAUGUGCUUGGUAUGGCUAUGGCAAUUUUAGGAGUAUUGUAUUAUAAUAAAGCCAAAUAUGAUCAACGUCAAGAAAAAGAGAAAGACAGUAGUGUACUUCCGAAAUAUUAUAAAGCUGUAAUUCGUAAUGGUAAUAGUAAUUCUUCUAUACCUAAUGGAUGGGCUGGUAAUAAGAGAAAUCAAUUAUUUGCUGUUUAGUAUUUGUUUUAAAAUAUUAUUUAUAUAUAUAUAUAUAUCUCUCUUAAAGAAUAUUCAUUUUCUUAUGACAAUGAGAGUUGAUUGAAUCUGUUUAACAAAUUAAAAACUCAAUCUUUUACAAAAGAUUAUUCAAGAUAACGUACAACCUCUGCAUUCAGUAAAAUGAUCCUAGCGAUAAAAUAGAAUUAAUAAAGAAUGUUUAUAUAUAUAUAUAUAUCAAUUAAUUAUUUGUCUUGCACAAAAAGAGCUGUAAAGGUUUAUAGUUUCGAGGAGCAAAAUAUAAGCUAGUUCUUAGCUAUUUUAUACGUUCGUAUUGGAAGAAGAAAAAAAAAACAAGAAAACAGUAUUAUAUUGUUAACAAUUUCUCUCAAGUAUCUUUGAAUUCAUGACGCGUUUAUGAACUAUUAUGAAUUAGCAUCAUCAGUAGCUAUCGCUGUUGUGCGUUUCGUUUAAUUAUUUUUAGAUGUUUAUUUUUUGUGAUUAUAAACAAUUGAAUUGAAUCAUUUUUAAAAAGGUUGAACCUGCUGGUAAGGUAGGAUUAUAUAAUCUCCAAUGCGCAUGGAUCUUUUAAAAAAAAAAGAAAAAAAAACAGCUGAUUGCUGGUACAAUUAGCAACGAUUAGUUAAAUAUUAAAACUUAAUUAUACAAUUAAUAAAUUGACGUUUGCGGUAAUACAAUGAGUUGUUAAAUCUAAUUUAAGGCUAAUAAGAAUAUUGGCCAUAGACGACGACGACGACGACGACGACGACGAUGACGACGACGAGUUUCCUAGCUUGUAAUGAAUUCAUUACGAGCGUGUAAUUUUGAAUAAGUAAUGCAUGAAAUUUGCGUUUCUUAAUAUAUUAUCCUGUUACAAUGUAACAUUGACUAUUUGUAGAUAUGCGUAAUGAUUAUAAAUGUACAGGUACAUUGAUUUGAAUGUUAGAUUAAUUUUAAACGAAUGUAUCUCUCUUCAUUUUUGCACUUCUAUUAAAACAUGUGUUCUCGUUUACAUACUUCCGGGAAAGACAUUGUACAGUUGGUGUGUUAUGAAUCAGCGCGAAGUAUGUAUGUGUGAGAUAAAAAAAAAAA